GCCGCGGCCUCUGGGCGCCUGCGCACUGGGCCCGGAGCGAGCGGCGGCAGCAGGCUUUGUGUGUCUGUAUGUGUGUGUGAGUGUGUGUGUGUGCGUGCGGGAGUGUGUGUAUGUGUGCGAGUGUGUGAGUGAGUGUGUGGAUGCAUGCAUGUGUGUGUGUGUGUGUGGAUGUGCGUGCGAGGGAGUGCGCGGCUGAGGAGGGGAAAGCGAGAAGGGCCAGGGCGCGCUCCAGCAGCCUCGCUCGCCUAGCCAGCACCAUGUCGGGCCGGUCGGUUCGAGCCGAGACCAGGAGCCGGGCCAAAGAUGAUAUCAAGAGGGUCAUGGCGGCCAUCGAGAAAGUGCGCAAAUGGGAGAAGAAGUGGGUGACCGUAGGCGACACCUCCCUGCGGAUCUACAAAUGGGUCCCCGUUACAGAGCCGAAGGUAGAUGACAAAAAUAAAAGCAAGAAGAAGGGUAAAGAUGAGAAGUGUGGGUCCGAGGUGACCACCCCAGAGAACAGCUCAUCCCCGGGGAUGAUGGACAUGCACGAUGACAACAGCAACCAGAGCUCCAUAGCCGAUGCGUCACCAAUUAAGCAGGAGAACAGCAGCAACUCUAGCCCGGUGCCAGAACCAAACUCGGCGGCUCAGGUGGACGGCCCUGAAGCGAAGUCCGACGAGGUGCAUGCGGAGCCGAAGGAGCAAGCUGGAUCGGAAGAUACUUCUGAUGAGCAGAAUUCACAGUCCUCGAUGGAAAAUUCAAUGAACAGUUCAGAGAAAGUCGAAGUGCAACCCUCUGGGGACAACAGUAUAACCACAGAAGCAUCAAAUAACUCUCAGGAUUCGGAAGGAGCACCACCUUCUAAAAAGAUGAAACUAGAGGCUUCCCACCAAAACUCCGACGAGAUUUAGACGUGGAAGUAGCUUUUUCCCGUCCCGUUUUUACCGAAGGUACACCGGUGGGGGCUUCAUUCUAGAACACCCUGACCUACGCAAGCUUCUCUUGGAUGAGAACAGAACUCCUAACUUUUUAAAGUUUACUGAGCAAAAAAAAAAAAAAGAAAAAAAAGAAAAAAAAUUCCAAGGAGACCUAGGAAGGUGUGACUUGUCUCAGACACUGAAAAAAAAUACAACAUGGAACACUGUUUUAUUUUAUUUUAUUUUAUUUUUCCUGUGAAAGCAAACGUUCGGAAGUUCUAAGUUACUGUCUUCGGCAAGGUUGGAGUCAACAACUCAGGAGGGUCUAAUGCACUGUUUCUUUAAAAAAAAAAAAAGGUCCCAGUUACAUUUAUGUUGCUGCUGUAUCUUUUCAUUUCUCUAUUUAACCAUGUAAGGUAUUUAAGGAUGGUACAGGUCAGUUAUUUGCUUUUUUUCUUACUUGUUCCAGCAAUCCCAUCGGCUUUGUUUUGUGCCUUGUGUCCCUGAGAACAGCUCUCAAGGUCUGGUUUUUCCCCCUCUCCCAAUCCCACCCCCAUCUCCCCAGUUGCUUUUUUAUUUCUUUUGCCAAGUGCCCUCUUGUUCCUAGGCUGCUGCCAGCUCAUUUGUGAUCCCUGCCCUAUCCCUACCUCGAGAGGAGCAGAGAUGGAGGAGAAGUGGAGACCGUUGGCCAUUUUCCCCCUUGGAAAAGCCGAGGCUGUAUGCACACGUUUGGGGUUUGAUCAAUCUAGCCCCGAGAUCCAGGCCCUGGUGCGGAUUUUCCCUUGGGGUCGUGGGGCAGGGGUGAGGGCAGGGGAGGGGAGGCUCACCACAGGCUCUCCCAAAGUGGCCUCCUUCGGUGCCCCCAGAGGAGGGGCUCCUGGCUGGGGAUGCAUAACAGCGCCCCAGUUUGCUGCUUUUUUUUAAAUCUCUUCUGGGAAGCUGAGCUCCAUCCUGGGGGACACCCCACCCCCGGCCCCGCCUCCACUGGCCAUAGCCUUGGGACCAGGUUAAUGAUUGUGCAAACUCCUACUUUAGAAUUGUCCCAGCGCUUCCAAUCCUUACCCUGAAAUGCAUCUGUCAGAUCUCCAGGAUGGAAAAUGGCAUGUUUUUUUUUUUAAUUGAUGUGUUCCUUGCAGGCGCUAAAUCAAGGAGAGGGAUGGGUGGGAUGGGGAGAGGCCAGGAUGAGCUGGUGCUGACCUCACCUUUCAUAGGAUGUCACAUGCUCUGCCCUCUGCCUCCCCCCAGCCCUCUCAGCCUUCACCCUUCCCUUCUGCCAGAGCCAAAUCCUCCCUUUCUUGUUUAUUCCUUCUGGCCUAGCAGAAAGGGUGUCUUUCAGACAGGUAAUGCCUCUGCUCCAGAAAUGGGCCCUGCAGAGAGGUGGAGGAAACUUUGCGCCCUUUGGGAGCGCAGCGGUAGCAUGGCCCUUGGUCACCUGCACGAUUCAGGUGACCUUUGUUCAGAUGCAAGUGCCCCUUCUGGGUAUGGUUAGGAAAGCUAACUCUUCAACGGGAGGCCUUCGGGCCUGGCCUGUUUGGUCUGGGAUUCCUCUCCUCUUUAGGGGAUGCUUUCAGCUUUCUCUCUUAACAGCCUUUCCAGUUGUGGAUUCUCUCUGGACGUCCGUCCCCUUAACUCCGGUGACACCUCCGCCAGCGGCUGACCGCCAUCACCUCGAGCGUCUCCAGGCUUGGUUUUCUAUGACUUUACAAGGGGGUCUGGCUUUUCUUUUUUAAAUAAGUCUAUUCCUGCACUUCGAGAAAAAAAAAGUUUAAAAAAGGAAAAAAAAAUGUUCCUGCAUUUCAAAUACCUCAUGCAAAAUUUCUCCUUAAAUAAAGGGAAAACAACUCAAUCUUGAAUUUUGAGUUAGUGACGCUCAAAGGGUAGCUCUCUUUUUAAAACUUAAAAAACAAACAAACAGAUCCUUGUAUCCAUGAAUUUUUCUCCCCUGGGCAGUCAUUCAUGCUGUGAGAACUGUGCAUUGCAAUAUCUAAAAAAGAAGGAAAUGACCUUGAUUUCCCUUUCACUUUGUGAGGUGAAAGGCUUUAUCUGCAAACCCUACAACGACCUUUGAUUACAGCUCAUCUCAUUUAGAUGAAAUGAAGGUGCAUUUAGAGCUUUCUUUCCUUUUCUUUUGGGAGACCAGAGGUUCCGGUACAGACAGCCAGAGGAAAUGGGUUUUUUUGUUUUUAAAGAAAGGACAUGAAGUUCGAAGUUCGCUGGGGUUGUUCACAUCUCUUCAGCAUCAUCCCCUCUCUGACCGAUGGAGUGAGGAUGAAACGCUGAGACCGCCCCUAGUCUUUCUCUGAAGUGCCUGAAAGUAGGAACGGACCCGCUGCCACGCUCGGGGGAAAAGGGGGUCAUGUCGGACCCCAGCGGUCAGAAGGGCGCUCUGAAAGACAUGGGCAAACACAGGUUGGCCUGCCCUGGGCUUGACGGUGACUGAAAGUUCUUCUGCUGACCACAUUUUAGAAAUAGUGCAAAAAUCCAGAUGUGCUUCCUGGGCGACCACGCCACCCCGUCGCCACCCGGGCACCACCCGUCGUAAAGGAGCCUGCGGCUUGAGCGGAGGACAGGGAAAUAGACCCAGAAGCCUUCCACAGAGACAAAACGCUUGGCCAGACCGGCCCCUUCCCCUCCCAGGAUGAAUUUGAACUUAUUCCUUUGGGUAGGGGGCCUGUUUUGUGCCGGGACACCGCAGGGACACAUUCCAGAUAGUGCUGGCACUUCAUGAAACCAACCAUCGACGACCCUCAGGGCAGUUAGGGUCUCUCUUUUCUGGGUGGUGACCUCCUUUCCUAAAAGUGUAAUGGUUUGGAAUGUUUGUUAUCUCUAAGGACCUGUUAGAAGGUGUAAAGAAUUUUUUUUUUCCAAUACCUAAUCGUUUUUUUUUUUUUGUUCGGUUUUUUUCCCCCCUUCUCAUGAUUUUUUUUUCCUGGUGUGUUGUAUAGAGGUAUGAUUUUUUUUUCACUUAUUUAUUCCAUCAGUAGAUAUGGUUUGUACAAUGUACAAUGACUCCCAUUUAAAAAAAUAAAAGAAAAAAUUAAAAUAUGAAUGCCACA